GACCGUUUUUACUGUGGGACCGUUUUGACGAGGUCGGCCAGCAAUGACUGCGACACCCGCAGUGUGAUGGAGUUCGGCUGACAAACAGCCAGUGACAGACUGCCUACCUUCUACUUUUCCUGCAUCUUGCUGAAAGACAAGCGUCUCCUCUGGGAGCGUCAACCCGACCAGCAUGGCGGAUAAUAUGAUCAUCAGGGUACAGUCCCCGGACGGGAUGAAGAAAAUUCCUUCUGCCAAGAGGGAGACUGCUGCUGCCUUUUUGAAGAAGGUGGGAAAAGAGUUUGGAUUCAAUUCAAACCGCUUCUCCGUUUACCUGAACCGCGACAAAACGGGAGAGAUCAUUUCCCAGAACAAAAGCCUGAGCCUGCUGAAGAUCAAGCAUGGCGACAUGCUCUAUUUGUUCCCCUCGGGGUCACCGCCCUCCUCCGGGGAGACCAUGGACACAGCCUCCCCGCAUUCGUCUUCGUCGCUGCCGUCCACCUCCUCUUCUACGCCGUCCACCUCCUCUUUCUUGAUGCCUCGCCCUCUGGCGGCGUCGCAGGUCCAGGAGGACGAGAUUGACCAAUAUCUGACCAAACAAGACGGAAAGAUCUACAGGAACAAAGAUGCUCAGCUGUGUCACCAUGGUGCCCUGGGUAAAUGCGUGCACUGUGUACCGUUAGAGCCUUUUGAUGAAGACUACCUGAAUCACCUGGACCCGCCAGUCAAGCACAUGUCAUUCCACGCCUACCUGCGCAAGCUGACUGGAGGAGCGGACAAAGGGAAGUUUGCCGCUCUUGAGAACAUCAGCUGCAAGAUCAAAUCGGGCUGUGAGGGCCACCCUCCCUGGCCGGAGGGGAUCUGCACCAAGUGCCAGCCCAGCGCCAUCACACUGAACAGACAGAAAUACAGACACGUGGACAACAUCAUGUUUGAGAACCACACCACAGCCGACCGCUUUCUGGACUUCUGGAGGAAGACGGGCAGCCAGCGGAUGGGCUACCUGUACGGCAGGUACACGGAGCACAAAGACAUCCCUCUGGGAAUCCGAGCGGAAGUGGCCGCCAUCUACGAGCCUCCCCAGAAUGCCACCCAGAACAAUCUGGAACUGCUGGACGACCCAAAAGCUGCCGCUGUGGACGAGAUAGCUGCCAAGCUUGGCCUGCGCAAGGUGGGCUGGAUCUUCACAGACCUGCUCUCGGAGGACACCAGGAUAGGGACUGUGCGCUACACCAGAAACCUGGACUCUCACUACCUGAGUGCAGAGGAGUGCAUCACCGCAGGAUACUUCCAAAACCAACAAUCUAACCCCUGCAAACUCUCUCGAGACGGACAUUUUGGCUCCAAGUUUGUGACGGUGGUGGCGACAGGCGGCCCGGACAACCAAGUGCACUUUGAGGGUUACCAGGUGUCCAACCAGUGCAUGGCUCUGGUGAGGGACGAGUGUCUCCUGCCUUGCAAAGACGCUCCUGAACUGGGCUACGCUAAAGAGUCCAGUCCCGAGCAGUACGUCCCAGACGUAUUCUUCAAGGACAAAGACAAAUUUGGAAAUGACGUCACGCUCCUGGCGCGACCUCUUCCUGUGGAGUAUCUCAUCAUAGACAUAACAACAACCUUCCCCAAGGACCCCCAGUACACCUUCAGCUCCACACAGCGCUUCCCCAUCGAGAACCGAGAGAUCCUGGGAGAGACGCAAGACUUCCACAGCUUGGCCACAUAUCUCUCCCAGUGCACCUCCAGCUCAUUCCUGGACAUGGUGUCAGACUUCCACCUGCUCCUCUUCCUGGUCACCAACGACAUCAUGCCUCUGAGAGACAGCAUCGGACUGCUGCUGGAUGCGGUCAAGACCUCCGACGAGGAUCUGGCCGAGACGUGGAAGAAGUCGGAGCAGUGGGCCACCGUGGAGCAGCUGUGUGGUACAAUCGGGGGGCAACCCUCUGGACCUCUGGGUUUUGACUCCAUAGGAGACUCCUCGGCCCCUCCCUCCUCUUCCGCCAUGUGGUCCUGCCCCCACUGCACCUUCAUGAACCAGCCUGGCACAGAGCACUGUGACAUGUGCCGGCUGCCCCGCAGCUAAAGCCCCGCCCCUUAACCACCAUGACAUCACCUUGUCAGACCGCUGUGAUGGGGACGCUCUCCUUUACAUCAUAUCUAUGACGUAAUGUUUGUGUCCCAUCACGACGGGGGAGGGGGGUGACUGCACCGCCCCCUCUGUUCUCUAAUAAAGGAUGGCUGUCACUCAGGACAACAGCAAAGACUCACCGCCCGCAUCUUUUCAAAAAAUUUAAUACAGUCAUUGGCCCCGCCCCCAAACAUACCCUCUACUUUCGGUUUGAAAUAUGUAGCUUCGUUCUCCGACUUUUUCAGAAGAGAGGUGCUUUCGAGAACUGGUGCUCGCCACUUCCUGUCCUGACACUGUCCUCAUUUUCCAAAUUUUCUUGAAAGCAUCGCAAGGAACCACAAUGUCUGUAAGGAAAGCGUCUUGUCGACCACACCUCGACACCAGCUGAGGGCAGACUUGACAUUAGAGGCUAACUUCCCUUGACGCGCCUCUGGUGUAGCCCUGAAGUGAUAUUUAUGAAAGGUGUGCUAUUACAAUUGACAUGGUUGCCGUGAGAACCUCUUUUUAGUUGCCAUUAUUAGCGUGUGUUUGCUGACUUUCGGGCUUGAUGUCACACUAACGGGCCACGGCGACCUCCUUUUGUACCGUUUGCUGAGCAAACCUCCUCUGGAGUCCCGCAGGUCCUGGCGUCCCUCCUGUGAUGACGCGCCUUUGAAAAAAUAAAAAAAGAAGAAAUUCUACCAGCUCA